AUGUCGUCCUUGGCCGCUCAACUGCAGGGCAUUGCCUCGCUGGACGCUUCUCGUCUGACCUCACGAACCGGAGCUCCGACCUCAAAGUCAUACCUAUUUCCUCCUAAAGUAGCGGCCGAUCAUGACCUGGACACGAUCUACGCUCUGGGACUCUCCGGAUACGAAGAGCUGCUGGCUUUGGACCCUUCUUUUGAGGAGUUUGAGGACGAUCUCUUCUCUGAGCAGGCUAAGCGGACAGACCGAAUGAUCUUGAACGCAGAGGAGAACCAGAAGCUCGAUGCUGUCCUUGAGCGGUGUCUUUGGCGAUUGAGUAGAUGGAUCGGUGUCAUGGCAGGAGGAAGGUGUAUCGAAUGGCUGGUCAGACGUUUCAGGGUACAUGAAAUGAACGCCGAAAUCGUUCUGCAGGUCUUCUACCCCUAUCAUUCCACGCCGAACUUUGCUCGAAUGCUUGCCAUACUUUCGAUCCCAAACCAGUCAGCAUACCACGCCCCAUUCAAUCCUCUGGGCAAGGAUGCGCAAGCUGUUCCUCGAUCAUACAUCGCCGCGGCCAUCUCACCAGAGAAGGAUCGCUCCCUUCGGUUGCUGGAGGAUGUUCUGAGCCUUCUCAAACGAGCACAUAAAGAGGGUGCGCUCUACCGCGGCUUGAUGACUUUCUGGUCCGGCACGCUAGUCGAUCUCCUAGAUCGUUAUCAGGCUGGGAAGAAAGUGCUAGAGGGCCUAGUCAAGCUUCUGGUGGAGAGCUUCGUGGACAUUCUGACCAUGAAGAAUGGUGGGCCGGACCUCAAUGCAUCCAUUUAUCCGCCUUUGAUUCUCCUGACCCGGACGGUCCGGUUGGCCGAUGAAGUCUUUCUUGUUUUGUUGGACGCCAUAAUGACCCCGAAUACCGGCGCAGAUCCGACUCAAAGGGUAUUCACUCUACUGUUCGUUCUGGAAGACCGGGGCGCGUGGACUUUGGAGCUUGGAGAACAGGGCGUCGAGAAACUUGGCAGGGUCAAGCAGCUCGGAGAAAUCCUACUGGGCGCCAGGCAGCGAUACGGCUUCGAUAAUGCUUUGGCUACCAUUCUCCGGAUCAUGUCCUCGAACGAUUCUUUCGCACCUCACCUUGACAAGUUGAUCGAUAAUAUGGAGCUAUCAGCGCCGCUGGUUGAGGUCGUUGCCACAGGGCUCGCCAAACACUCAUCGGCUGAGAGCGAGGAUCUGCUGGGCAAGCUUCGCGAAAAGUACCCAGCGAUUGUCGACAGGGUUGUCACCGUCCAGCAAGGCGAGAACCAUCGUCAGGAGAUGUCUACGGUUCCAAAAACUGAGAUCUUCGGAGCCGAUGUCGCAGCUCGUAUCCGGGGUGUCAACGAGCUCUUCGCGAACCAGAACCAGCAAGAUUCGGAUACGGUACGAGAAAUCAUCCUUACUCGCUUAAGAUAUGAUGAACCGGAAGUGUUGAGUACUAUCUACAAGCACACCGACGGACUGUCCUCCAUUUUGAAGGAUGACUCUUCAUAUCUUGAUGCGGUGGCGCCUGCCUUCAGUGGACACCGCACUGAUGCACGAGUCGCCCGGGUUCAUCUAGCGUUCGCCUGCAAUCAAUACUGCUCCUCAAACGACACCAGGAUCGACGUUUUCAAACGCCUCAUCUUUCCGGCAUUGCUGGUUCAGUCUGAACCAGCGUUGCUCGACGAGGAUUGCUGGAGCGUGAUACAGAAUUCAAGUUGGGGAAAAUUGAGCUUGGCCAGAGCUUGUCAUGGGUUCUCGCAGAGCGUCACGCCAGAGACCCUUCAAUCAGCUGCGCAGGAGCUUUCCGGAGCCAUCAUCAAGUCUGAGACGCACAGAGAUCUGAUCGACUUCGUGUUCACUCAAUUGAGCUCAUCGCAUACCCCUUCAAAGCUGCUUGCGCACUUGAUUUUGAUAUGCCUCAUCAUCACGACGUCUGAGUCGGAGCUUGGCCAUCGCACUCUGUCAUACCUCUCGAGGCUUCAAACCGAUAUCAAAUACCAAGAUAUAGGCGAGUCAACCGACCCAAUGUCCCCCUUACUCCUUCGGGCUGUGUGCGAGCGGCCACGGGACAAAACGACAGCGACACGAUUGCAACUUGCUUUAUACGCUGCUCUGUCGACUAUAAAGCGAGUAGAAACAAACGACAUCUCAAUCGUCAAUCCUCAGUUUCAGGGAAUCUCUUGUCAAACGUUCGCGACGUCGCUCUAUGCCCUGUCAAAUUCGGACAUUCUGCCUGUCCAGCUCUCUCAGGCUAUCCUAAGAUCGGUUCUUACUCAGCUACGGGACGAUGCUUUGAUCUUCCUGGCGUCAGUCUGGACGGCUGGGCCUCGACACGCCCGAGUGGCAGCGCUGAGACAUGCGCUAAGCUAUCUAAACGCUCAGUCUUCCAGCGGCAGGGAGAAACUGGACUUCCAAUUGAUCAUACCGGCUUUGCUUGUGGCCAUGCAGGACAAGUCUAAAGACGUCAGAACUGCCGCCGUAGGUCUCCUUGAGAAGGUAUCGGGUGUGGUGGAGGACGGAGGCUCGGAGACCUACGCCCUGAACUCAAUUUACGGAGCCCGAUCAGAAAAAGUACAAUUGCUGCGGCAGUCUGAUCUUAAGGUCUACCUCGAGAGUCUCACCGCCCAAUCGGCAGAGAUCAUUCUAGAUCCUGGGCACCUGAAAGUUGUCCACGCAAAACACCUGGGAGGACAUCAUGGCAGCACGCGCAAAAACUCGACUCACCGUCGUGCGGUCAUCUCAGCUCUCGCAUCGCAUAUUCAGGCAUGGUCGAGCAUUAACGCUCGAUUGGCACUGCUUUCGAGUCUGGAAGAUAUACCAGAUACGACCGUCUUUGAGGAGAUUUUGCCACUCCUGUCUAGCUCGCAGGAGCUCGAGUGGGUGUCUGGCCUUGCGUUAGAGAGUCGAGCACGAUACUUGGGACUCCUUUUCAAGACAUUGACUCGAAUGACGAUGAGUCAGCUCACAGAAGAGAGCGCUGGCUGGAUCUGCUUGCGUGAUCUGCUUACCCAGCAUGGUGACCUCGCUCCAGUCUUGCGUUCUUUGCUGUUCAAGAGACUGCAAAUUGGCGUCUUUGAAGGCCUCCGCUCACAUCUGAAAGUGUUGUUCGUCACCGCCCUACUUGAUUCUUUGCACGAUGAGCACAAGCAUGACUCCGUUGAGACCGUGGAAGCACUUCGCACCUUAAAGAUGGACUCUCCAUUGCUGCAAGAGCUAUUGCAGAACCUAUGUCAAGCAAUGGAGACAUCGCACAAUAGAAAGAGGCAGAAGCAAGAGACGAAGUCUCAUGCUGACAAAAGCGAACAAAGUUUGGACGAUCUCACAGUCCUCAUCGACUCUCGAGAUUGGAAUGCCAUUCCUGGACCCGCUGCACCCCUCGUUGCGACACUGAUGAACGUUCUCUCAUCCCUUUUGGCGAAGAGACAAGGUGUCAAGAAGGGCAUCGAUUACCUGGAGCAGGAGAUUCUUGGGGCUAUCUUGUCCUUACUGGAGGCACUGACCGAUGCGGAGGAACUAAACAAAGCUCAUGUUGGGAUCGAAGUUAUCAUUAAGGUCAUCCGCGCCUCGAACAACCCGCGAACAUCUCAACGGUCUCUUUUGGUCAUCUCUGAGCUCGCCCGUUUCAUCCCUGAAUCAGUGCUGCACAACGUCAUGCCCAUCUUCACCUUCAUGGGAGCCAGCGAUUUUCAGCGAGAUGACGCCUAUAGCUUCAGCGUUGUUGAAAAAACCAUAUCCAAGAUCAUCCCUGUCCUUAUAUCUUCACUCAAGACAAAGGAUCUGGAUAGGUUGGAGCUAUACAAGGAGGCUCUACCCAUUAUGAGCAUCUUCACGGAUAUGGCUGGUCGACUGCCGAGACAUCGAACUCUGCCAUUCUUCAUUCACCUCGUCAAAUCUCUCGAUACCGGAUACUUCCUUCCUGCCAUUGCAAUUCUUCUCGUCGAUCGAGCGACCACUAAGAGCGGAAGAGGUGGACAGUCAUCAGCUCUGGCGUUGGAGCUCCCAAUUAGUGUCACAACGUCAUUUUCCAUCGAGGAUCAGUUGCUGGCCCUUCAAGAAGUCGUCAAGGAGACUCGUCGACUAUGCCACGCGCCAGAUACCGCUUUGGUUUCGCAGAACAACCAAGACAAUCUUGCGGAUCGCACGACGAAGCAGAUCAACGCCAUGUUAUCCUUCACGCUCACCCUUCUAAGCCGAUUGGCUGGCAAGUCCUGCGAUCAAACAGUCGUACAGGAGAUUGUAUCGUCCCUGGUCGAACUCGCUGGACUCGACCGGGAUGGCGUCACUCAUAUCGAGCCUGUUCUGGCCGCUGCGAUGCAGCUACUGUCAGCGGACAACUUUUUCAAGGUUGUCCUUGCCGCCAUUGCGUCCAACGACAACCAAUAUUCCGAGAUGGGUCUCAAAGUAUUCAACGAGCGGCUUCCGCUCGUCAAGACUGAAGUCAGAUCACGUAACGCCUCCGUCCUUGGCGACAUCGUCAAAGCUGCCAGCGAGCGUCUCUCAGAUCCAGUCACCGUCAGCUCCGCGCUUGCCGCUAUUCAAGCUGUGGUCGUCAGCGCAAAGGACAACUCCGAAGAUGUUUACUUUGCUCAGGUUGUGCCGAGCCUUCUCAAAAUCAUCUCCAACCUUCAGGGCAGACAUCUCACCGUCGCAUCACUUAAUCUCCUCGACGCCCUUGUCAAGCAACUCGGCUCGAGGAUCAUACCUUCUAUUCAGGGUAUUGUCGAUCUUGGCCUUAAACUUCUCCAGUCUUCGUCCGAUACGAUGAUGCGGGAGACUACAGGUGUGCUGGGUACUCUGUUGAGUACGGUUCCGACCUUUAUCUCAUCUAAGCAGAUGCACUCUGUACUCGCCACCUGUCUGGAACAUUACAAUAGGGAUCCUACGACAAUGGCUGGACUGAUGUCUGUCACCGCGAAGAAAGUGCCUACAAAGUCGCUAUUCCCAAUCAUGAUGGAAAUGUGGAAGUCGGUCAAGGAGUCGCAACUUAUACCGUUUUUCGAAGUCUUGAGAUUGGCACUGAAGAAUGCCGAUCGACCGGGUCUAGCCACUCUAACCAAGAAGACCUUUGCGCUAUUCCUAGAGGUCUUUGAUUUGCCAUGGAAGUUGGAAAGCAAGGCAUUUGAUCAAGACGUCAUUGACACCAUCGAAGCAUCCGCGAUUUCCUCCUUCCUGGAAUUUGUGACUAAGCUCAACGAAGCGACCUUCCGACCACUGUUCACCAGACUCUUCGACUGGUCAGUCAUUGAUCUAGAAGGACAGGAUGAGCAACAUCUCAUCCGGCGCAAGGUCGUUCUGUUCAAGGUCAUGCUCGGUCUGCUUCAGCGCUUCAAAAACUUGCUUUCGCCGUAUAUUGGUAUCUUAUUGCCCCACGUCCAAGAACUUUUGGCGUCUUUCGCAUCAGGCGACCUGACCGACGUUCGACUCUGGCAACUGGUGUUGGAGACCAUGGGCAAAUCUUUCGCAGUGGACGAUGGAGCCUACUGGUCGGAUGGGUCUGUACUCAAGAUCAUCCCCUCGCUCGUGCCACAACUGGGCGCAGGUACCAGACUGGCUAUUCAGAGCCAAGCAGAUCGAUCUGUAUCUCAAUGUUUGGCCUCCCUGGCUGAAAGCACGACAUCGGAAACGGUCCUCAAAGCGCUCAAUACCGCUAUCUGCCUCCAGACACGGGACGACGAUGCUCAGGUUCGAAUGGCUGCAUUGCACGCUCUGGACGGCAUUUGGGAAGUUCAGGGCGAAGAAUUGGUGGCUUUCGUUGCUGAGACUGUUGGCGAUUACUUGUCAGAGCUGCUCGAAGAUGAGAAUAGCGAUGUGGUGGCAAUGGCUAGGAGAGUUCUGGGCAGGAUCGAGAAGGCUUCCGGAGCAGAUGUUGAGGAGUAUCUUGAGUGA